UAUCCGGCAGUUAGCCUCUUGGUUCGUGUGAGCAACGAUGGCGAGCGCUUCAGCGAAACAAGCGCCCAAACUUGUAUCCAAAACGUCUGCGGGAGGCGCCGGGGCGGCCGGGGCUGGCGGCGGGCCCCCGGUAAUACCCCUCGCCUCUCCACUCAUGGGGAAGAAGAAGAAGCCGUUUCUGGGGAUGCCCGCUCCGCUCGGAUACGUCCCGGGACUGGGCAGAGGUGCAACUGGUUUCACCACCCGAUCUGAUAUUGGUCCUGCCCGUGAUGCCAACGAUCCAGUGGAUGACAGACAUGCACCACCAGGGAAAAGAACGGUUGGGGACCAAAUGAAAAAGAACCAGGAUGAAGAUGAGGAAGAUCUGAACGACACAAACUAUGAUGAGUUUAAUGGAUAUGCCGGCAGCUUGUUCUCCAGUGGACCCUAUGAGAAGGAUGAUGAAGAAGCAGAUGCUAUAUAUGCAGCACUGGACAAAAGGAUGGAUGAAAGACGCAAAGAAAGAAGGGAGCUGAGAGAAAAGGAAGAAAUCGAGAAAUACCGUAUGGAGCGCCCUAAAAUCCAGCAGCAGUUCUCAGAUCUAAAGAGAAAGUUGGCAGAGGUGUCAGAGGAGGAAUGGCUGAGCAUCCCUGAGGUGGGAGAUGCCAGGAAUAAGCGGCAGAGAAAUCCCCGCCAUGAGAAACUCACCCCUGUUCCCGACAGCUUCUUCUCCAAACAUCUGCAGACCGGAGAGAACCACACCACCGUUGAUCCUCUGCAAGGGCUGGGAGGUCUGAACACACCUUACCCAGGAAGCAUGACCCCCGGCUUGAUGACACCAGGGACAGGAGAGCUGGACAUGAGAAAAAUCGGCCAGGCCAGGAACACACUGAUGGAUAUGAGGCUCAGCCAGGUCUCAGACUCAGUGAGUGGACAGACAGUGGUGGACCCCAAAGGUUACCUUACAGAUCUCAACUCUAUGAUCCCCACACAUGGAGGAGACAUCAGUGACAUCAAGAAGGCUCGUCUGCUACUGAAAUCAGUGAGAGAGACCAAUCCUCAUCACCCACCUGCCUGGAUUGCUUCAGCCAGGCUGGAGGAGGUGACCGGCAAACUACAGGUGGCCAGGAACCUGAUCAUGAAAGGGACCGAGAUGUGUGUUAAGAGUGAGGAUGUGUGGUUGGAGGCAGCAAGACUCCAGCCCGGGGACACAGCUAAAGCCGUUGUAGCUCAGGCUGCUCGCCACAUGCCACAGUCUGUCCGACUCUACAUCAGAGCUGCAGAGCUGGAGACAGACGUCAGGGCCAAGAAACGAGUCCUCAGGAAAGCUCUGGAGAAUGUUUCCAAAUCAGUUCGAUUGUGGAAGACAGCUGUGGAGCUGGAGGAGCCCGAGGAUGCCAGGAUCAUGCUGAGCAGAGCUGUGGAGUGUUGUCCUACUAGCGUGGAGCUGUGGCUGGCUCUUGCCCGGUUGGAGACAUAUGAAAACGCCCGCCGUGUGCUGAACAAAGCUCGAGAGAACAUCCCCACAGAUCGGCACAUCUGGAUUACUGCUGCCAAGUUGGAGGAGGCGAACAGCAACACUCAGAUGGUGGACAAGAUCAUUGACAGAGCCAUCACUUCUCUGCGCGCCAACGGUGUAGAGAUCAACAGAGAGCAGUGGAUACAGGAUGCAGAGGAGUGUGACAAAGCAGGCAGUGUCGCUACAUGCCAGGCCGUGAUAAGGGCUGUCAUAGGGAUCGGAAUUGAAGAGGAGGACUGCAAACACACCUGGAUGGAGGAUGCAGAUAGCUGUGUGGCCCACGGAGCGUUGGAGUGUGCCAGGGCUAUCUAUGCACAUGCUCUGCAGGUGUUCCCCAGUAAGAAAAGUGUCUGGCUCCGAGCUGCUUACUUUGAGAAAAAUAAUGGCACCAGGGAGUCUUUGGAGGCUCUCCUCCAAAGGGCUGUGGCUCACUGUCCCAAAGCAGAGGUUCUGUGGCUGAUGGGUGCCAAGUCCAAGUGGUUGGCUGAGGAUGUGCCUGCAGCAAGAAGUAUCCUCGCCUUGGCCUUCCAGGCUAACCCGAACAGUGAAGAGAUCUGGCUGGCUGCUGUCAAGCUGGAGUCUGAGAAUAAUGAGUAUGAAAGAGCCCGUCGACUGCUGGCCAAGGCUCGCAGCAGUGCCCCAACAGCCAGGGUAUUCAUGAAGUCGGUGAAGUUGGAGUGGGUGUUGGGAAACAUUGAAGCCGCACAGGAGUUGUGCACAGAAGCCCUGAAACACUACGAGGACUUCCCAAAGCUUUGGAUGAUGAGAGGCCAGAUAGAAGAGCAGUGUGAGAACAUGGACAAGGCCAGAGAGGCCUACAACCAAGGGUUGAAAAAAUGCCCCCACUCAGCGCCCCUGUGGCUACUGCUGUCUCGACUUGAAGAGAGAGUGGGACAGCUAACCAGAGCCAGAGCGAUCUUGGAGAAGGCCCGACUCAAGAACCCCCAGAGUCCUGAGCUAUGGUUGGAGUCAGUGCGGCUGGAGUUCAGGGCUGGACUGAAGAACAUCUCCAACACACUGAUGGCCAAAGCGCUGCAGGAGUGUCCCAAUUCAGGUAACCUGUGGGCAGAGGCUGUGUUUUUGGAGGCCAGGCCCCAGAGGAAGACUAAGAGUGUGGAUGCUUUGAAGAAAUGUGAACAUGAUCCCCAUGUCUUACUCGCUGUUGCAAAGUUGUUUUGGAGUGAGCGUAAGAUCACCAAAGCCAGGGAGUGGUUCCUAAGAACAGUAAAGAUUGAGCCAGAUCUUGGUGAUGCCUGGGCACUCUUCUACAAAUUUGAGCUGCAGCAUGGCACAGAGGAACAGCAGGAAGAGGUGCGCAAGCGGUGCGAGAAUGCUGAACCCCGCCAUGGAGAGCUGUGGUGUGCCGAGUCCAAACACGUCCUGAACUGGCAGAAGAAGACAGGAGAAAUCUUAGCGGGGGUAGCCAGCAAGAUCAAGAACACCUUUUAAGACUAUUUGGACUGAACACACCUGGAGGACUCUGGCAGUCACAAGUCUAGGAGGAAUCAGCUAUGGACAUGCUCUACUGUUGUUCUCCAUGAGGAGUGUCCCCUCUGUGACAGAUACAAAGUACCCACACAUACCCCUUACUUUGAUGUUCUGGUGGACUGAUUUAAAUCCAACUUUUUUCUUUUUACAAAAAAAAAUGUAAUGUUAAUUUGAAAACAAUUCUCUCUCUACAAAUGAAUAAUUUAGUACAAAUAUAAAACCCUAAGUAAUCUGCUGAACAGCAUAAGGGUUUGGAGGAUCAGCGGGACAGUCAGUCCUCAGAUGAAUUUAGGUGUCUCACCUUAGAUUUAUCCACCCCAGUAAAUAAUAUUGCAGUUUUAAUGCCGUUCCUGUGUGGGUUUGACUUCAUAUUUGAGUUAUCCAUCUUACCAGGAAAUAAACCUUCUCCUAAAUCAGCUUGCAGACUGCUCGAGGUUGCCCUCUGGAAAUACAUUGUAUAUUUUGCUUCAGUCAUGUCACCCUCUGUCUUCAGAAGGCCACUAGAGUUAGAGAACACUCCCCACAGGAUGUGGGUGUCAUCGGUACUUUGGUGUGGGGAUGAUGUAUCCCUCGAGCUGUGAUUGAAUACUCUUGUCCUUUAAAAUGUAGUUUUUUAUGAUAACUUACAUUUGUUCUCACUAGACCAACAAUCGUCUUUGACUUUGUUUCAGUCUACUACAUGCAUUUAGGCAAAAACUAGCUCAGAUUGAAAAAGAUUAUUUUACAACAGUUGAAUGCUAUAAAGCUGCACCAUGUGAAUCAUCCUGUCAACGUUUUUUUGUUUGAUUCAUUCUGUUCCUGAAGACACAGGCCUCUAUCGUUUGGCCAUGAUGUUUGUUUGAUGUGGUAUUUUACCAUUUUUAAAUACUACAAGGCAAUUAGUUCUUUUGUUUUAUAUUUGUACUGAGUUAAGAAUGAUUUGUGUUGGCAUUGUUUUCACAAUGUGCAACACAAACAUUAAAAAAAAAUAGCAGGUAUGAGAGUAAACACUUCAGUCUCUGAUGUGAGAGAUAUACACAUGCUGAGUCUGUAAAAACAAACAUUUUGUAUUUUUCGUUCUUGUCUUAACCUCCACUAUUCCCUGACAGUUAGUGUGGAAAUAAACUCCUGGUCAGGGACUAUUACAUGAUUUUUCAUGUCCUAGUAUAAACUGUUUUUUUACUUUGCCGGAAUUGUGUUGAAAUACUUUGCAGGCAUCCAAUAAACAAAUGACGUCGUUUAUUUCACCAUU